AUGACGGCAUUUUUAAUAAAAUGUCGGUAUAUCUUCACAUAUGACGACAUUUGUAAAAUAUGCCGCAAUAACUCAACCCAAAGUGCCGCCAUUGCACCAAUUUCUUGUAGUGUCUCCAUAUUCAAAGGAGGGAACAGUAGCAACAACAAAAGAUACAACACUCAAGCCACUGACGCCGAUGCCAUGAACGAUAUCGAUACGACUCAGAGAGCUUCUUCGAGAGCGAGCGAUGAGGACGAGAACGGUCUCGCUCGAAAGAAGCUCAGGCUCUCCAAAGAACAGUCCGCUUUCCUGGAAGAGAGCUUCAAAGUGCACAAUACUCUUAACCCUAAACAAAAGCUUGCUCUUGCAAAACAGCUCAAUCUUCGACCUCGCCAAGUGGAAGUUUGGUUUCAGAACAGAAGAGCCAGAACGAAGCUAAAACAGACGGAGGUGGAUUGCGGGUAUCUGAAGAGGUGCUGCGAGACAUUGACGGAGGAAAACAGAAGACUACAAAAACAGUGUCAGAGAAAAGACCCAGUGAUGGGGAUUCGUUCUCGCAGUUUCUGA